GUAUCUAAUAUUCUGUAAAACGAACAACACACAUGGGAAAAAUAUCGCUGAAGGACAUGUUGUAUACAAACAUGAAGCAACUCGUUAGAUAACAUUUAGUUUGCAUUACUUGAUGUUCCGCCGAAUAAUUAUGUGUAGUACGGAUUAUGCAGAUUGAAUAUAUUUAACGACAUAAACAAACACCAUUGAUAAGAUAAAUUAAAGAUAAGAUAAAGAUUGCUAUUGAAUUUUCAUAAAAAUUGUUGCAAUGAACAGACUAGGAAAGAAUCAUAUUACAGCCAUUAAUACGUCGUUUUACGAAAAUGUGUUUUUGCUGAUGCAAGUGAUAUUGCCAUCUUUUGAAUUUCGGCAACACUUUAAGAAGGACAUGUUUGACAAGCCCAACACAGUUGGUUUUCUACACGUGUCUCAUUAUUUGUCUACUAUAUACGACGCGAAGCUGUUCAAACGAAUGGUCAAGUGGCCGCUAUUAUGCAAGAAGGAUGAAGUCGUAUAUCGGAAUGGAAUGAAAAACUUCCUUUCUGUUUUGUCACGAGAUAAUCCAGACAUUAAUUUUCCAACAAUACUGACGUCUCACUUAACGCAUGCAGGAGGAACCAAAUUUUUAAUCAUCAUGUGGAAGGUAUCACAACUUGCUCUCAGAGCUUACAUUAAAAAUCAACUUCAAGAAGAAUUGCUGAGUGCACCAUGUACAGGUCCAGUAGAUGAUUUGACCGUAGCAUACUUCAACAACAUAAUUGCCGAAAGGUGCAGAGCUGCGAGAAAAACACAUAAGAAGGCAAAGAGAAUUUUGGAUACUACAAGUAACUUUUUGAAGGGUGAAAUGGAAUUACAAAAUGUAUACAAAUCAGAAAUAUUUGAUAGAACACAAAACAUACAGAAGCUAAUAUCUGAUAUGUUAGUACAUCCUUUGGUUCAAGAACAUUUAAUAAAUGUCGAAUAUUCAGCCAUCAUAAAUAUAUGGAGAAGAAAUAUAUUGAAAAAUCUCCAAUAUAUAUAUAGCGAGAAGGAGAAAUUAAACAAAUUGGAAGAAUCCUGCAGAUAUUUGUGCGAGCUUAUUCUAAAGUUAAUCUCAAAUCCAGAAGUACUUGAUGCAAAUGAAUUACCCAAAAUUAAUGGUGACAAUCGUCUAUUACAUACACAGACUUUAUACACGAAUGGCACUAUUACGUUUUCCACUCUGCUGUCGUUAGUCACUUUGGCUUCUGCAGGAAUGCUACAUUAUAUAAACAUCAUCGAUUUGCCAGAUUCAUCACAUUGUUCGCGGUAUGUUAAAGAAGCUUGCAAAAAGAUUGAAAUUCUACGAGCGUUAUUUGUCGCGCUGGACGUAAAACUCAACGGUAUACAUCUGGAUGAACAACGUAUUUCUCGAAGAGUCGGAAAUAUUCCUAUCUGUCUCGACACGGAUAAUACGUUCAUCGUGAACAAAGACAUACUCUUGGAAUCGCCUAAGAUUAUCUUUGAUUUGAAUCAACAUGUAGAUGACAAUCACUUCCACCAAACAUUAUGUCCAUCUCCGAUAAAAGAUAAGAAUAAGCAGCUAUUUAGCAAGUACAACAAACGUAAGUACUGCCCACCUAAAUGGUCUACGGCAUCGCCGGCCUUUAGCAGUUCUUCUUGGAACAAUAUGAGCGGAUGGUUGUCUCCUCGUGGAUACUCUUUUAAAGGUGAGCCAGUUACACCUGAUGGAAAGUCAACUUUGCCCUUGUACUCUGGACCACUACAUAAUCCCAAACCAACACCUGAACGUCUCACAGGAAAAACAUUAUACAGUCCAAGUUCAAUCUAUGAACGAUCAAUAUUGAAGAAAUAUCGUCGUUCAAUAUCAGGACAUCUGAUAAGCUCAAAGGUCCUUAAUGGAAAAGCAAGAAAUCUUUUUAAUUCUGUGGUAUCAUCUUCAUCGUAUAUAUUCUAAAAUAUUGAAUAUUGAUAAGAUGUACAAAUUGUGAAUGACUGAAACCAACAUCAUAGACAAAAGUAUUCAAUGGAAAUGAAAGUUCCUAGAGGUAUUAUUAGUGACUGGAGUUAUUAUUAGUUGAAUUAACAACAACAAUUUAAUUUAAAUGAAAAGUUUAGAGCCUUAUUCAGACUUAUCAGAUAUAUAGAUUUGCACUUACAUGUAAAAUACAUAUAUCUGAGACA